GGGGGAACCUCCGGGCUUCGGUCAUGGCGGUGCGAGCGUCUUUCGAGAACAACUGUGAGAUCGGUUGCUUUGCCAAACUCACCAACACCUACUGCCUGGUGGCCAUCGGAGGGUCGGAGAACUUCUACAGCGUGUUUGAGGGCGAGCUCGCCGAUACCAUCCCUGUGGUGCACGCGUCCAUCGCCGGCUGCCGCAUCAUCGGGCGCAUGUGUGUGGGGAACAGGCAUGGACUCCUGCUGCCCAACAACACCACUGACCAGGAGCUGCAGCACAUUCGCAACUGCCUGCCAGACUCAGUGCAGAUCCGGCGGGUGGAGGAGCGGCUCUCGGCCCUGGGCAAUGUUACCACCUGCAAUGACUACGUGGCUUUGGUCCACCCAGACCUGGACAGGGAGACAGAAGAAAUCCUGGCUGAUGUGCUCAAGGUGGAAGUCUUCAGACAGACAGUGGCUGAACAGGUGCUAGUGGGAAGUUACUGUGUCUUCAGCAAUCAGGGAGGGCUGGUGCAUCCCAAGACUUCAAUUGAGGAUCAGGAUGAGCUGUCCUCUCUUCUCCAGGUGCCCCUUGUGGCGGGCACUGUGAACCGAGGCAGUGAGGUGAUUGCUGCUGGGAUGGUGGUGAAUGACUGGUGUGCCUUCUGCGGGCUGGACACAACCAGCACGGAGCUGUCGGUGGUGGAGAGCGUCUUCAAGCUGAAUGAGGCCCAGCCUAGCACCAUUGCCACCAGCAUGCGGGAUUCCCUCAUUGACAGCCUCACCUGAGUCACGUUCCACGCUGCUCCUGGGAUCCUGCCUUGGACUUUGGCUCCUACCCCCACACCUACCUAGUCCGGACUUGCUGCUGCCAGGAAGGUGUGGCAGAGGGGUCAGUGAAGUUGAGUGGCCAGGCACCCAGCCCCGCACCGGUGCCACCUUCUGAAUCUUUUGUUCCUGUAAACACCCUCCUGUGCUGUGGCUCCUGGAUGAGGAUUCUGCUAUUCUGGGGGACCCCAUUAAAGGGCACCUGCCUCUGA